AAACAUUUCGGGAAACAUAGCGGAUCCAAACAAAUGUUUACAUCAAAUCUUGACGAAACGAAAGAGGUUGAGUUUGUUAACAUAAAAAAUAUAAAUAAAAGCAUGAUACGUGCACAACCAGAUGGGGAAGAUGAAGAAAAUGAUGAAUUGGAUCCUCGAGUUGAGAUCGAGCUAGAGAAUUUAAACAAAGCAUCCAAUGAUAUCAACAUAUUGGAAAAGGAGCUAGAUGAGGCAAGAGCUGUAUUUCGUCAAAGCUUAACUGAUGCUACUCGGAAUCUUAAUCAUCUUGCAAAACGUUCAGGAAAUAAUAUAGAUAAAGCAAGGCCAUAUUUUGAAGCGCGGAAUCAAGCGAAAAAGGCGCAGUUGGAAUGCCAAAAUGCGGCUAUGACAUUUGAACGAGCUUCUCAACUCCACAAAGGUGCUCGGGAAACAAUAUCUGUUGCUGAAGAGAAGCUUAAAAUGAAUCCUGGUAUGUUUGAUGCUGCUUGGCAGGAAAUGUUAAAUAAUGCCAAUUUCAAGAUUCUUGAAGCAGAAAAAGAAAAAUUGAGACAUGAACUUCAACAUCAAGAAGCCGCCAUAACAUAUACAGAAUUGGAACAAAGAGCUGUCCAUCUGAAAAAACAGCUAAAGAAAAACAUCAAUAAAGCGAGACCGUAUUUUGAACAAAAAGCACACUAUAUGGAUUUUUUAGAGACUCAAAAGGUGAAAGUGCAAGAACUCGAAAAACAAUACGCUUUAGCUAAACAUGAGUAUUCUGCAAGUUUACGAAAGCUAGAAGUCAUCAGCGAAGAUAUUCAUCGUAAACGAAAUAAAGGACUAACAGAUCAUUGUAAUUCUGCGCCGACAACUAAACGAGAAGAAUGCGUGGGUGCCGAGACGCCGGAUAUUUCUCGACGAAAGUCGUUAGAACGAAAACAAUCUGAAGAACGUAUACGAAAAGUGUUAAGUCGGCAUAAAAGACCAACGGGAAAAUACAGAUCGUCUUUGCUUUUAGACCUUGAUAUCGACUUUGAUAUUGACGACAUUGUUGACUAUGCGGAACCAACCAAAAGUCCUUCUUCAAAAAGUGUUGAUAUGGGUUGUGUAAGUAUGAAAUAUUAUGAUGAUUAUCAGGUAUUAGAUGUAAAACCUUUCUUGGAAAUGGAAAGAAGGAUAAGUUUAACAGGUCGACACCACAGCACAACAAUAGAUGAUUCGGAGAGCGAAGUUCAAAAUAUGCCAACGGUUCAGAAAGAUGUUUUGUUAAGUGCAGAUAAAUACCAACUCGAGGGUCAUCCUCGAUCUAUAUCGACAUCGUCGACUGAAUUAUUUGAAGCGUUACAGCAUAAGACUCGUAGUAGCACGGUGAAUAGCGAAUUCGAGGUGCUUCAUACUCAUGGUUUAGAUAUGACAUCUCCAACACAAAGAAAAGAAUCCAAGGGAGUUCUUGUGACCAGAUUUGCAAUGAUCGAAGAGCUAGAUGGUGAUGAUGUAUCUAUUGAUGCACUUGAUAAUAUUGAACCUCAUGAUAAUUAUAAUAGCAUCGAAGGCGUGGAGGAGAGUGUUAACAAUUUGAAAGAAGAAAUAAAACAGGAGUGUGUUGCGGAAGAAAACAGAGAGGGAAAAACAAAUGUUGGUGACACUAAGGAUUUAUGUGAUAGCGUGGAAAUAGAACAUGAAGUAGAACACACAGAAGAUAUUUUAGAUGUCGAACAUAAAUUUAACGAAACCAACGUAAGUAAUACCAACGUAAAAGAUGCGCCAAAAAGUUGCGAAAGCGAAGGCGAGAAUGCCGAUAUAAAAACUUAUGGUAAAGGUAAUGCUGAGGUCUUAGGUAAUGAUGUACAAACCAUGUUGAAAAGUGAUGAAGAGAAGGACAACACAUUUAAUAAAAUAAAUGAGAUUGAUGUUAGCUAAACAAAUUUCUGAAAUCUUGACAGCACAACAGUACACAAAAAUGAAAGAAAAGACCAUGUGGUAGCGGGUAGAUCGGGUGCGUUAUCAAUACAUUGAACAGAUUGUAAAGAUUGGUGUAGAGUAGAGGAAAAACAUGUAAAUAUAUUCCUUUAAAAUUAGGAUAAAGAAAGAAGAGGAAUAUUAAUAAUAACUUCAAAUGAACGUUAAAAACAUACAAUUAGGAAUUCUUAAAUUUAAUUUAUUGUAUUUUCUGUAUAUUCUGCGCUAGGUGUAGUCUCACGAUAAACAGAUAAAGAUAUUAGUCGACAAAUUUACGCAUUUUGUUGUAAACAGAAAAAACGCUUACCGUUAGGCACGUUAUUUUACGCAUGUGUCGAGAAUUUACGACAUAUCUCUUUAAUAAUAGCCGUAUUUUGUCUGUCUGUCCGCGAAAGCCGCGUCCUGUUACGGAAACACGAAAUGAGAUAUAUAAAGGACGGGCGACCCCGUAAAUUUCUCCACGGGUUAACGACUAGUCUAUAUUAUAAUACCCGUAUAAGUCUGUCCGUCUGUUACGCAAAA